AUGCCCCGACACCCAAUCCUCUACGCAUUCGGCUCCAACGGAUCGGGCCAACUAGGCAUCGGGCACGACGAAGACGUCUCAUUUCCGACACGGUGCGUUUUCGAAGAUGUCGAUACAGAUGUCGAUGGUGCUACCAGCGGCGACCGCGAUACAAGCGUCGCGCGUAUCGUCGCGGGCGGAAACCAUACGCUUGUCCUUUUGGGUGAUCGGCGGGUUUAUGCGGCGGGGAGUAAUGAGGAUGGGAGGUGUGGAGGUGGAGGGCAGCCGAGUUCGGUAUCAACGUUGGGUAUUGGGGUGCUGAGCGGUUCUGCGGAUGAUUCAAAAUCUCUGUACCGUUUCAGGCGCGUUGUUAUCCAGGACGAAGCGACGGAAAAGGUCUACGAUGUCUUCAAGGAUGUCUCGGCGACGUGGGAGGCGACGUUUCUCAUCCCCGCGCGUCCUACAGAUGAAGAAGAAGACAGAGAUACGGUGUACGUCCUCGGUUCUGGCGCCAAAGGCGAGCUGGGUCUCGGAACAGAUACCACGCAAACGAGUACAGCGACGCGGAUUCCCAAUUUCCCGCCGCGGGGCGCCAUGAUUACGAGGAUUGUGAGCGGGAUGGGACAUACGGUCGCCGUUCUGUCAAAUGGGGAUAUGUAUGGUUGGGGCGGGGCGCGGAAGGGGCAGCUAGGCGAGUCGGCGAUUCCGAAGAAGAUCGCCUGGUCACCUGUGAAGAUCGAGGGUGUGCCGUUCCGCGUCUCAGGUGCUGCGUGUGGUCGGGAGUUUACGGUUUUCUGUGGCGAUCGCGAGGCUGGGGAGUUUGUGGUCCUUGGGGCGGCGGGAGAUAAGUGGGGGAUUCGGGCUGGGAUCCCUAUAUCCGGUUCUGGAACAGGCUCUGGCUCCGAGAGUGUGAAGGGGUAUCAGACAAUUGGCGCUAGCUGGCAUGGUGUCUAUGUACAUCAGAAGGAUCGCUCUAUUCUAGCUUGGGGUCGGAAUGAUCGGGGACAGUUGCCGCCGGAUGAUCUGCGAGGUGUGAAGCAGGUCGCGGUGGGGAGUGAGCAUGUUGUCACUCUGUUGGAGGAUCGCGGUGUUGUGGCGUUCGGGUGGGGAGAGCAUGGGAACUGUGGGCCGGGUAUAGAUGCGCAGGGCAACGUCAAGGGCGUGUGUAGCCCGGUACCUCUUCCCGAGAAGGGGUUUGAGGCUGUUGGUGUUGGGGCGGGCUGUGCGACUAGUUGGGUUAUCGGGUCGUGA